AUGCCACAGCUCACAUCGUCGACACACGAAGUUCCAGCAAUCAACACACAAGUCAACGACUCGGGCAACACUCCCUACAUCAUGGCCGAAGAAGGCGGUCACCACGUCCCAACGGGCGCGCACAACAACCACAACCCGGCCAGCGACAGCCGGCAGAAGCAGGAGCCCGACUUCACCAUCAAGCCCCGCAUGACCGACUUCAACGCCGAGGAGCUCCGUGAAGCCAUGUCGCCCAUGUCGCCCACGGGGCCCAUGACCCCGAACCCUUUCAGCCGCAAGAACACGAGCAUCGACAUCGACGACUACUUCACCGGCCCUCGCGACAUCCUCAAGCACUCCAAGUGGCCCCUCUUCAUGCAGAUGCACGGCAGUAUCCUGCCCAAGAUGAUUGUCCCCCUCAUCUGGAUGUGCAUCUGGUCCGCCGCCAUCACCUGCAUCGACAAGUUUCGCACCAACAUGGGCGUCGACUCGGUCCUUCUGACCGUCCUGGGUUUCGUUGUCGGUCUGGGCCUCUCGUUCCGCAGUUCCACCGCCUACGAGCGCUACGCCGAGGGCCGCCGCUACUGGGCCCAGCUCAUCCUCGCGACCCAGAGUCUCGGCCGCGUCUUCUGGAUCCACGGCGCCGAGGCCGAGGGCGUUGACCCGCGACAGUCGCUCCUGCGCAAGGUCGGCUGCAUGAACCUCCUCUUGGCCUUCGCCGUCUCCAUCAAGCACAAGCUCCGCUUCGAGCCCUACACCGCCUACGAGGACCUCGAGCACCUCGUCGCCCACCUGCAGACCUUUGCCCAGGAGGCCACCGCCGCCGAGCCCGAAAAGGUCGUCCUCAAGAAGAAGAACUUCUUCAAGGAGACGGGCGAGUACCUCGGCGUCUCCUUUGCCGCCAGCAACCCCCGCAAGACCAUCAAGAAGGCCUCGCGCCCCAUCGGUAACCUGCCCCUCGAGAUCCUCAACCACAUCUCGUGCAUCGUCGACAAGAUGGUCGAGGACGGCCAGCUCAAGGUCCCCAUGCAGCAGACGCUCGCCUACAACAACGUCGCCCUCCUCAACGACAUCAUGACGGGCACCGAGCGCGUCCUCACCACGCCUCUGCCCAUCGCCUACACCAUCGCCAUCAGCCAGAUCACCUGGGUCUACGUCAUGCUGCUCCCCUUCCAGCUGAUUGACAAGCUCGACUGGAUCACCAUCCCGGCGACCGUCGCCGCCGCCUACAUCAUCCUCGGCAUUCUGUUCAUCGGCCGCGAGAUCGAGAACCCCUUCGGCGAGGACGUCAACGACCUGCCCCUCGAGGCCUACUGCGAGCAGAUCGCCUCGGAGCUUGACAUCAUCGCCUCCUUUGAGAAGCGUGACCCCUACCGCUUCAUGGAGUCGUCCCACAACCUGCCCCUGUUCCCCGCCAGUAUGGCUCCCUACCACAUCUGGAUGAGCCGCUCCGAGGAUCGCGUCCGUGAGGCCAUCAAGUCCAAGCACAACACCGUCUUCGAGUUCCGUAAGAAGGUCAUCCUCGAUAAGGUGGCGUCGAGGGCCGGCCACACGUCGGAACAGAAGGCCAGCAGCGAGGGCACCACCACGAUCAACGGCGACCAUAACGUCUAG